AUGUUCGUUCAAGUAUGGCAGCAUCAACAACCGCUAUUACAGCUCUCUGACCCUGAUUCGUGGUUCAUGGAUGUUGGCAACCUUGGUCUUGUACACAACAUAUCUGACGAAACUCCAGAGGAAGACGAUGGCGUAAUGUCUGGUGAUUGUGGCGGCCAAGGGGGUAGAUUCCUCAAGACUAAUCCAGCGAUAUCAAACCAAGUCCUACAAAAGAACCGAAGGAAACCAGCUGUCCUUUACUCUCCAGCUGCAUGUGAGGAAGACCUGGUCCAUUCUGCUGUCACAAGUGAGGGUGAUGACAUGACCAACAUGAAAGCCAUCUACAAAGCAGCACAGAUGAUACUCAAGUGCAUUGCGGAUUUCACCAAAGAAAAGUGGGCCAAUGCCAUACUAGUGUCUAACAGCAUCAGCGAUGUUCCAGCUGAACUAUACACCUUGAGUCUCUGGAUCAUGGUGGAGCCUGUGGAGGAGAUGGAAACCGAAAAAACAGAGACCAGUGUUGUCAACAGGACAGUACUCACGAACGAGAAUGUUCCAAGGCCUCUAUGUUCAAAGGAAAGAAGAGCACCUUCGUCUUCUUUGCUGCAGACAACAGACUCUGCCGAAGACACUGCUAUUGGUAAAGGGACCACUCAUGGCACAAUAACUCCAGUGUAUCAGGAAGCUGACACUCCCAGAACCACUAUCCUUCCUACCACCACCACUACUACCACUAUCCUUCCUCCACCAUCCUACCACCACCACCACUACCACAUCCUUCCUACCACCACCACCACCACCACUUGCCUCAGUCAACAGUGCCUCAACCAACAGUGCCUCAGUCAACAGUGCCUCAACCAAAGUACCUCAACCAACCAUACCUCAGCCAACAGUGCCUCAACCAACAGUGCCUCAGCCAACAGUGCCUCAACUAACAGCCUCAACCAAAAGUACCUCAACCAACCAUGCCUCAGCCAACAGUGCCUCAACCAACAGUGCCUCAGUCAACAGUGCCUCAACCAAAAGUACCUCAACCAACCAUACCUCAGCCAACAGUGCCUCAACAACAGUGCCUCAGUCAACAGUGCCUCAACCAACCAUACCUCAGCCAACAGUGCCUCAACCAACAGCCUCAACCAAAAGUACCUCAACCAACAGUGCCCAACCAACAGUGCCUCACCAACAGCCUCAACCAAGUACCUCAACCAACCAUGCCUCAGCCAACAGUGCCUCAACCAACAGUGCCUCAACCAACAGUGCCUCAGCAACAGUACCUCAACCAACCAUACCUCAGCCAACAGUACCUCAACCAACAGUGCCUCAACCAACAGCCUCAACCAACAGUGCCUCAGCCAACAGUGCCUCAACCAACAGUGCCUCAGCAACAGUACCUCAACCAACCAUGCCUCAGCCAACAGUGCCUCAACCAACAGUGCCUCAACCAACAGCCUCAACCAAAGUACCUCAACCAAUCAUGCCUCAGCCAACAGUGCCUCAGCCAACAGUGCCUCAACCAACCAUGCUCCAACAGUGCCUCAGCCAACAGUGCCUCAACCAACAGCCUCACCAGUACCUCCCAACAGUGCCUCAACCAACAGUGCCUCAACCACAUCCUGCCAACAGUGCCUCAACCAACAGCCUCAACCAAAGUACCUCAACCAACCAUGCCUCAGCCACAUGCCUCAACCAACAGUGCCUCAGCCAACAGUGCCUCAACCAACAGUGCCUCAACCAACAGCCUCAGCCAACAGUGCCUCAACCAGCAGCCUCACAAAUACCUCAACCAACCAUGCCUCAACCAACAGUGCCUCAGCCAACAGUGCCUCAACCAACAGUGCCUCAACCAACAGUGCCUCAGCCAACAGUGCCUCAACCAACAGCCUCAACCAAAAGUACCUCAACCAACCAUGCCUCAGCCAACAGUGCCUCAACCAACCAUGCCUCAACCAACAGUGCCUCAACCAACAGUGCCUCAACCAACAGUGCCUCAGCCAACAGCCUCAACCAACCAUACCUCAGCCAACAGUGCCUCAACCAACAGUGCCUCAGUCAACAGUCCUCAACCAACCAUACCUCAGCCAACAGUGCCUCAACCAACAGUGCCUCAACCAACAGUGCCUCAACCAACCAUACCUCAGCCAAAGGACCUCAACCAACCAUACCUCAGCCAAAAGUGCCUCAACCAACCCCUCAGCCAAAAGUACUCAACCAACCAUACCUCAGCCAACAGUGCCUCAACCAACAGUCCUCAACCAACAGUACCUCAACCAACCAUACCUCAGCCAAAAGUACCUCAACCAACCAUACCUCAGCCAAAGUGCCUCAACCAACAUACCUCAGCCAAAAGUACCUCAACCAACCAUACCUCAGCCAACAGUGCCUCAGCCAACAGUGCCUCAACCAACCAUACCUCAGCCAACAGUGCCUCAGCCAACAGUGCCUCAACCAACAGUGCCUCAACCAACAGUGCCUCAACCAACCAUACCUCAGCCAACAGUGCCUCAGCCAACAGUGCCUCAACCAACCGCCUCAGCCAACAGUGCCUCAGCCAACAGUGCCACAGCCAACAGUGCCUCAACCAACCAUACCUCAGCCAACAGUGCCUCAACCAACCAUACCUCAGCUAACAGUGCCUCAGCCAACAGUGCCUCAACAACCAUACCUCAGCCAACAGUCCCAGCCAACAGUGCCUCAAAACAGUCCUCAACCAACCAUACCUCAAACACCUCGCAACAGUGCCUCAACAACCAUACCUCAGCCAACAGUGCCUCAGCCAACAGUGCCACAGCCAACAGUGCCUCAACAACCAUCCCCAACAGCUCAGCCAACACAGCCAACAGUGCCUCAACCAACCAUACCUCAGCCAACAUCCUGCCAACAGCCUCACCAAGCAUACCUCAGCCAACAGUGCCUCAGCCAACAGUGCCACAGCCAACAGUGCCUCAAAACCCCUCAGCCAACAGUUCUCAGCCAACAGUGCCGCAACAGUGCCUCAACAACCAUACCUCAGCCAACAGUGCCUCAACCCAUACCUCAGCCAACAGUGCCUCAACCAACCAUACCUCAGCCAACAGUGCCUCAACCAACCAUACCUCAGCCAACAGUGCCUCAGCCAACAGUGCCACAGCCAACAGUGCCUCAACCAACCAUACCUCAGCCAACAGUGCCUCAACCAACAGUGACACAGCAACAGUGCCUCAACCAACCAUACCUCAGUCAACAGUGCCUCAACCAACCAUACCUCAGCCAACAGUGCCUCAGCCAACAGUGCCUCAACCAACCACCUCAGCCAACAGUGCCUCAGCCAACAGUGCUCAACCAACCAUACCUCAGCCAACAGUGCCUCAACCAACCAUACCUCACCAACAGUGCCUCAGCCAACAGUGCCUCAACCAACCAUACCUCAGCCAACAGUGCCUCAACCAACAGUGCCACAAAUAA